AUGAGUGAGGCAAUGAGUGAGGAAAUGCGUGAGGCAAUUGCUGCGGCACUUGCUGAGGCAACGAGGGAGGCAGGGAUUGAGGCUCCUCCAACCCCUUAUUCUGGGACUUACUACCGCGUUGGACAGUCGUCCGAGACCACGCGGUAUGGGAUUAUCGGGGGCAUUCUGGAGAUCGAUGGCACCCACUACGGGCUAACGAGCAUGAUUCCAUUCCUGUAUCGCCGCCACCCAUCUCAGCCGCCGGCCCUUUCGCGUAGCGCGAUCUAUAGCGUCGAGACCGAGCAGUACAUCGGCGGCCCUCCACCGGACCGGGCCAACGAGGCGGAGCCCGACCCCCGGUUCUGGAGCCGCGAGCAAGGCUGGGCCCUGGUAAAUCUGGGCCCCAAGCCGGAGCAUUGGACCAACUAUUGGUACCAUGAUAUGACCCCGAAUCAGGUGGUGACGCCGCGAUGGCCCGUUUCGCUCUGGAGAGGGUUUAUCCCAUACUACCGAGCCCGCCGGUUGAUUGGGUUGCUGUGGGAUUCCUGGUUGGAGCCAGUGACUUUUCGAGUGACCAAAUAUGAACUACUUCGUAACCUGCUGGUAGGCCCUGUCAGUGCCUACCGGAUGAGAAUUUCGAUUCCAUGUCAUGACUUGCUAGGCGCGUGGGUGGUGGAUGCGGAAUCCGAAGCUCUCGUAGCGAUGGUUGUAGCCGGCCCACGUCCAUCAGAGGAUCCGCGGACGGUGUAUGCGGUGGAUGCGACGACCAUCUUGGAUGAGCUGGCCAGGCGGUUUCCGGGAGUGAGCAUCACCAUUCCGAAUCGCUACGAGUAA